AUGGAUAAUUAUUUUUCUAAUGUCCCUCUAUUUCAAAAUCUUCGUCAAAUAGGUAUCAGUGCUUGCGGAACUGUCCGUAAAACAGCUUCGGGAUUUCCAAAAGAACUGAAAAUAGAUAAAAAUGUCAAAUUAGAUUGGGACGUUCAUUCCGAUAAUGGGCCAGUCACAAUGUUAUCAACGAUCCAUUGUCUUGUUGGUGAGGAUUGGAAAGUAGAAUUCGAAAGACGGCGGCCAAGACAGACGAGCACAAAUGCAGUAAAG